AUGCAGGCAGCCGCCGCCACGGCGCCGCCGCCGCCGCCGCCGCCCGCGCGCCGCCGCGUGUACACGGCCCUGGACCCGCGGUGCGAGUGGACGAGCACGGAUGAAGCCGACACGCUCGCCGUCGACGUGUCAGGGUUCAGGAAGGAGGAGCUGAGGGUCCUGUACAGCACCCGCCGGAAGCUGAAGGUCACCGGCGAGCGCCAGGUCGGCGGCGCCCAAUGGGCGCGCUUCCUCAAGGUGUUCCCGGUCUCCAGGAGCUGCGACGCCAGCGCCAUCCAGGCGAAGAUGAACAUAGAGAGCGCCCGGCUCGUCGUCAUCCUGCCCAAGGGAUCGACGGCGGCGGCGGCGGCGGCGGCGGCCAAGGACAAGCACAAAGAGCAUCGGCCUGGGAGAUCCCAGACUCUUGGAGAGCUGAUGAAGCCGGGCAAUGCGGAUGGCUCGUCAGGUAGCAGCAGUGGCAGCAUGUGGAGCGCCCAAGAAGAUCCAGGGAAGGGCAAGGUUGAAGAGAAGGAACGUAGACAAGACCAGGCCAUGGAGGAACCAAGACAAGAUCAGGCAAUGACCGCACAAGAUUUACCAAGAAGUGACGGCGACGCAAAUGAGAAUGCCGGCAAGAACAAUGAUGACGAUGGCAAGGGUGAGAGCAAGAGAUGGUGGAAGAAGAUCAGAGUUCUCCAUGUUCUUGGCUUCGUUCUCGUCCUCACAUUGGUGGGUGUUGGUGCCACCAUCCUGUAUAUAGUGUUGCUGUGAAGAGUGUAACAGUUGUGUGUUCAAAUGUAUCAUGUG